CGUUAAUUUGCGCAAUUUACCAUGGCGGGACGGAUAGAUUUAUAUGAUAGUGACAAAAAUAGCCGGCACAUUACUUAGAAGGAGAAGACUUCCCUUUCGACUGACUAACAAGACUUCAUUUCUAUUCUCCAAAAUGCCUCCAACUAUUAGAGUAAACGAUCCUUUAAUUGACUCCACAGACGUGGCAGCAGAAAUAGAAGCAACCUUAAAGCAAAGAAUAAUGAUCCUUGAUGGUGGAAUGGGGACCAUGAUCCAAAGUUAUCAUUUGGAAGAAGAGGAUUUUAGAGGAGAAGAAUUCAAGAAUCAUUCACACAAUUUGAAGGGAAACAAUGACUUCCUAAGUUUAACGAGACCAGAUAUUAUAGAGGAGAUUCACAGGGGUUACUUAGAAGCAGGAUCAGAUUUUAUUGAAACCAACACUUUCAGUGGAACAUCAAUUGCACAAGCAGAUUACGGAACUGAAAACUUGGUGUACAGAUUAAACAAAACAUCAGCUGAAAUUGCUAAGAAGGCAGCCAUUGAGGUUGCUGUUGCCACAGGAGUGAAAAGAUAUGUGGCUGGUGCAAUGGGUCCCACCAACAGGACACUUUCAAUCUCACCUAGUGUUGAAAAUCCAGGAUACAGAAACAUCACCUUUGAUCAGUUGGUAGAGUCCUAUGCAGAACAAGCUAGAGGACUUUUGGAUGGUGGUUCCGAUGUUCUUAUGGUGGAAACAAUAUUUGACACAGCAAAUGCUAAGGCAGCAUUAUUUGCUAUUGAGCAGCUCUUUGAAAAGGAAUACAAGCCAGUUCCAAUAUUUGUGUCAGGCACAAUUGUGGAUAAGAGUGGUAGAACACUAUCUGGUCAAACCACUGAUGGGUUCGUGAUCAGUGUGUCCCACUCCAAGCCUCUGAGCAUUGGACUCAACUGUGCCUUAGGAGCUACUGAAAUGAGGCCAUUCAUAGAAGCAGUGGGCUUGUGCACAACAUCCUAUGUUCUCUGUUAUCCUAAUGCAGGACUGCCAAACACUUUUGGAGGUUAUGAUGAAACACCAGAGAUGACAGCAGAACAUUUAAAGAAUUUUGCUAAAGAUGGUCUUGUGAACCUUGUGGGAGGCUGUUGUGGUACAACACCAGCUCAUAUCAAAGCAAUAGCUGAGGCAGUUAAACCUUUCAAACCAAGACCAUUACCAGAAGAUCAUUAUGCUAAUGCCAUGAAUCUUUCAGGUCUUGAACCCAUGAGAAUUACACCAGACACCUUGUUUGUAAACAUUGGGGAGCGUUGCAAUGUUGCUGGGUCUAGGAGAUUUUGCAGGCUGAUUAAGGAAGGGAAAUUCGAGGAAGCACUAGCUGUAGCUAAGCUGCAGGUGGAGAAUGGCGCCCAAGUUUUAGAUAUUAACAUGGAUGAAGGCAUGUUGGAUGGAGUGUCGUCCAUGUCAAAAUUUGUCAACUUGAUUUCGUCAGAACCAGAAAUUGCAAAGGUCCCUCUCUGUAUUGACUCGUCCAACUUUGACGUGAUAGAGGCUGGGCUCAAGUGCACUCAGGGAAAAUGUAUCGUGAACAGCAUCAGCUUGAAAAACGGAGAGGAAGACUUUUUGGAGAAAGCAAAGAUCAUCAAACGUUAUGGUGCUGCUGUUGUAGUGAUGGCAUUUGACGAGGAAGGACAGGCUGCAGAAUUAGAAGACAAGAUCAAAAUUUGCACUCGUUCUUACAACUUACUGGUGUCCAAAAUAAACUUCAACCCCAAUGACAUCAUCUUUGACCCAAACAUUCUCACAGUUGCCACAGGAAUGGAAGAACACAACAACUAUGGAAAGUACUUUAUUGAAGCCACCAGGGCUAUAAAGCAAACCCUUCCAGGUGCAAGAGUCAGUGGUGGCCUCUCCAACUUUUCCUUCUCAUUCCGUGGAAUGGACGCAAUAAGAGAAGCCAUGCACAGUGUAUUCCUGUACCAUGGGAUUAAGGCUGGCUUGGAUAUGGCCAUUGUGAAUGCUGGUAAUCUGCCUGUGUAUGAUGAUAUCGAGCCAAAGCUUCUACAAUUGUGCGAGGAUUUAUUGUGGAACAGAGAUCCAAACAGCACUGAAAAACUGCUGCAGUAUGCUCAGGGAAUGGGCAAAGGAGCGAAGAAACAGGUAACCACAGAUGAAUGGAGAAAUGGAAACGUGGAAGAGAGGUUGGAGUAUGGCUUAGUGAAGGGCAUCGACAAAUUUGUGAUAGAGGAUACCGAGGAGGCCAGGCAGUGUUCGGAAAGAUAUCCCCGUCCGUUGAACGUAAUCGAAGGACCAUUGAUGAAGGGUAUGGGAGUGGUUGGAGAUCUGUUUGGUGCAGGAAAAAUGUUCUUACCUCAGGUUAUUAAGUCAGCUCGUGUCAUGAAGAAAGCUGUGGGUCACCUGAUCCCAUUUAUGGAAAAGGAGCGCGAGGAGAAACUGGCCGAGCAGGGAGUUGGGCCCGAAGAUGACCUCUCGAGCCGAUACAAUGGAACAAUUGUCUUGGCUACUGUCAAAGGGGAUGUACACGAUAUUGGCAAGAAUAUUGUGGGAGUUGUGUUGGGCUGCAACAACUACAGGGUUAUUGACCUUGGUGUGAUGACGCCGUGCGAGAAGAUCUUACAGACUGCGAUGAAGGAAAAGGCCGACAUCAUUGGUUUGUCAGGUCUAAUUACUCCGUCACUGGACGAAAUGAUUCACGUCGCCAGGGAGAUGGAGAGACAAGGUCUCAAAAUACCACUGCUCAUUGGAGGAGCAACAACUUCCAGGACGCACACGGCUGUGAAGAUCGCUCCGCGUUACACGGAGCCUACAGUCCAUGUUCUCGACGCUUCCAAGAGUGUUGUGGUGUGCUCAGCGUUGAUUGAUCAGAACGCUAAGGAGGACUUCAUGGAAGAAAUCAAAGAGGAGUACGAAGAGAUUCGAGACGAGCAUUACGAUUCUUUGAAGGAUCGCAAGUAUGUGUCCCUUGAGAAAGCCCGCACGAAGAAGUGCAAUCUGGACUGGGUUGACUUCACUCCAGUGCGGCCUUCGUUCUUGGGUGUCAAGGUGAUCGAUGAUUGCGGUUUGAAUGAUAUUAUUCCUUACAUUGACUGGAAACCUUUCUUUGAUGUAUGGCAACUUCGAGGAAAGUAUCCCAACAGAGGUUACCCUAAAAUCUUCCAGGAUAAAACAGUCGGCGAAGAAGCUAAAAAAUUGUUCAACGAUGCCCAAGACAUGUUAAAGACGAUCCUUGAGAAGAAAUCACUUCAACCGACUGGAGAAGUGGCUUUUUUUCCAGCUAACAGUGUCGGUGAUGACGUUCACAUCUUUGAGGACGACAACAAACGAGAGGGUUCCCCACGGGCUGUGUUCUAUGGCUUGAGACAACAGGCCGAAAAGGAGCAUGGUGUAGAAGACCCAUACCACUGUCUGUCUGACUUUGUAGCACCGCUGGACUCAAAUAUCAAGGACUACGUCGGCUGCUUUGCUGUAUCUAUUAUGGGCGCCGAGGAGAUGGCUAAAAAAUUUGACGAGGAUCUGGACGAUUACAGUGUUAUUAUGGUAAAGGCACUUGCUGACCGCUUAGCCGAAGCCUUUGCAGAGGAACUUCAUGAACGUGUGCGCAAGGAAUUAUGGGGUUACUGUAGCGAUGAAGUUCUGGACGCGAAGGACUUACACCGAAUCAAAUACCAGGGAAUUCGUCCGGCACCGGGUUACCCAAGUCAACCGGAUCAUACAGAGAAAAAGACCAUGUGGGAUUUAAUGAACUGUGAGAAAUUAACUGGAAUCAAGUUGACAGAGUCGCUGGCCAUGGAUCCCGCUGCUUCAGUAUCGGCGGUUUUCUUCGCUCAUCCUAAAGCUGUUUACUUCUCAGUGGGAAAAAUCUGCGAAGACCAGGUGAAAGAUUAUGCGGAACGAAAGGGAAUGCCAAUUGAGGAAGUCGAAAAAUGGUUAUCUCCUAUCCUCUCCUACGACAGAGACUAAACGCAAACAGAAUGAUAUAUAUCGAGAUAAACGCGAGUCGCCGUCUCGUUCACGUACUCAAUCUCAUUCCAAGAUGAUGCUCUUGAGAGCAACCUAUCCUUCGCAGACCUGAUGUGCACGUGCUUUUCCAGCGGCGUAUAUUUUUGCGCACGUUAUGGGAUCGUGUUCUACACGGAAAUGGGCAAAUAACAUUAAGGACUGGAAUCUUUGUAAAUGAAAGCUAAACUCUAUAGGAAACGCUUGAUAGGCGGAGUACUAAGUAUAAAAGUAUCAAUUAUUUUGGUUCAAUCCUCAAAAGUCUAUUUAAAUUAUAAUGCACUACUGCAAGGCAUAACGGGUUUUCUGGGCUAUGUCAGCGUUAUAUCCUCUGACGAGGUGAGUUUAGUAAAAUGAAGUAAAUGUUUUCGAAAUGCACGAUGUUGGUAACUAUCCGUAAUGGAUUACUGUGAUCGAGGAGUUCGCUAUGUAAUAGUUUACCUUUGAAAAUAUGUUUUGUGGGAAGUAUUAUACUGAAACUGCUUAUAGCAUCGUGGUAUUUAACAAGUAUGAUUAAUAACCUUAAACUUGAACUUUCAGAAUUUCAAACAUGUUCCUUCUCCCGCCGUUUCAGUUCUUAAAAUCUUGCAAGUAGACACUGGAAACAGGCUAGCGUAUCGGCAAGAAGGUGUUAUCUCGUUAUAACACUAAACAGUGUUAAAAAAAAGCGUAGCGAAAGGAGAAGGUAGAUAGGAAUGGAGAAUUCAUGUUAUUUAAGGUUAAUGAUAUUCUUUAUUGUACAUCAUAAUACGUUUAUAUCGUGGCUCCGAUUAUUAAGCACAACAGCCCUUGCAUAAACUCCAAAUGAUUUAAGUAUGUUGCGUGGAGUACCAUUUGUAAUUAUAGCCACUGAGGAUAAUGAUUACUCUUAAGUAAUAAACUUCUGUAUAAAAACAA